GCUAUUGCCUUACCUCCUAUAGCCAAGUGGCCGUACCAGAAUGGGUUUACUUUCCAUACUUGGCUAAGAAUGGAUCCUGUAAAUAAUAUCAAUGUAGAUAAGGAUAAGCCUUACUUGUAUUGUUUUCGAACAAACAAAGGACUUGGUUAUUCUGCUCACUUUGUUGGAGGCUGCUUGAUUGUAACGUCCAUAAAAUCAAAGGGAAAAGGUUUCCAGCACUGUGUAAAAUUUGAUUUCAAGCCACAAAAGUGGUAUAUGGUUACUAUAGUGCACAUCUAUAACCGCUGGAAGAAUAGUGAACUUCGAUGUUAUGUGAAUGGGGAACUGGCAUCUUAUGGAGAAAUAACAUGGUUUGUCAACACCAGUGAUACAUUUGACAAAUGUUUCCUGGGUUCUUCAGAAACAGCUGAUGCCAAUCGAGUGUUCUGUGGGCAAAUGACUUCCGUUUACCUUUUUAGUGAGGCUCUCAAUGCUGCUCAGAUCUUUGCCAUUUAUCAGCUUGGUCUGGGAUAUAAGGGAACAUUCAAAUUCAAGGCAGAAAGUGAUCUCUUCCUUGCUGAACAUCACAAAUUGUUGCUAUAUGAUGGCAAACUAUCCAGUGCUAUUGCUUUUAUGUACAAUCCAAGGGCUACAGAUGCACAGCUGUGUCUAGAGUCAUCCCCUAAGGAUAACCCUUCUAUUUUUGUUCAUUCACCACAUGCCCUCAUGCUGCAGGAUGUGAAAGCAGUCUUAACACAUUCUAUCCAAAGUGCCCUGCACUCCAUUGGAGGAGUGCAGGUGCUUUUCCCUCUCUUUGCACAGUUAGACUAUAGGCAGUAUUCAUCAGACCACGUUGACACAACUGUUUGUUCUACUUUAUUGGCUUUCAUCCUGGAGUUGUUGAAGAACUCCAUUGCUAUGCAAGAACAGAUGCUUUCCUCUAAGGGCUUCCUUGUGAUAGGAUAUAGCCUAGAAAAGUCUUCCAAAGCCCAUGUUACCCGAGCUGUACUAGAACUUUGCCUUGCCUUUUCGAAAUACCUGAGCAACUUACACAAUGGGGUGCCCUUGCUGAAGCAACUGUGUGAUCAUGUUCUCCUUAAUCCUGCUAUAUGGAUUCAUAUCCCAGCACAGGUUCAGCUGAUCCUGUACACUUACCUGUCUACUGAGUUCAUUGGCACUGUUAACAUAUAUGGUGCAAUCCGGCGGGUUGGGACUGUUCUUUUGGUCAUGCAUACCCUAAAAUAUUAUUACUGGGUAGUGAAUCCUCAGGACCGCAGUGGUAUAACUCCCAAGGGCGUAGAUGGGCCACGGCCUACUCAAAAAGAAAUUUUAUCUCUGCGAGCAUUCUUGUUGAUGUUCAUUAAACAGCUAGUGAUGAAGGACCACGGAAUAAAAGAAGAUGAAUUGCAGGCUAUCCUCAAUUAUCUGCUCACUAUACACGAGGAUGACAAUCUAAUGGAUGUCUUGCAGUUGCUUGUUGCUCUGAUGUCAGAGCAUCCAGGUUCUAUGAUCCCUGCUUUUGAUCAGAGGAAUGGAUUACAGGUUGUCUACAAGCUUUUAGCAUCACAAAGUGAAGGCAUCAGGGUGCAAGCUCUAAAAGUGAUGGGAUAUUUCUUAAAGCAUCUCGCUCCAAAGAGAAAAGCUGAAGUCAUGCUUGGACAUGGAUUAUUCUCUUUGUUGGCUGAAAGGCUGAUGCUUCAGACAAGCUUAAUCACCAUGACCACAUACAAUGUCCUGUUUGAGAUUCUGACUGAACAAAUUUGCACUCAAGUGAUACAUAAACAACAUCCUGACCCAGAUUCAACAGUGAAGAUACAAAAUCCUCAGAUUUUGAAGGUUAUUGCAAUCCUGCUACGUAAUUCUCCACAGUGUCCAGAAACACUGGAGAUUCGUCGAGCCUUUCUCUCGGAUAUGAUUAAACUUUUUAAUAACAGCAGAGAAAAUAGAAGGAGUUUGUUGCAAUGCUCUGUCUGGCAGGAGUGGAUGCUUUCCCUUUGCUGUUUUAAUCCAAAGACUUCUGAGGAACAGAAGAUAACUGAGAUGGUGUAUACCAUAUUUCGAAUUCUGCUCUACCAUGCAAUCAAAUAUGAGUGGGGUGGCUGGCGUGUUUGGGUGGAUACACUGUCGAUCACACAUUCAAAGGUAACUUUUGAAAUGCACAAAGAGAGUCUUUCUCAAAUGUAUAGGGAGUACCAAAGGAAAGGAGGUGAAGGGAGUGGAAUACAUUCUUCAACUAUAAUUAGAACAAUCUCUGGAGUCAGCAAAGAAGCUGAAACCAAGGGAAAGCAACAAUGUUUGGAGUUAAAAGAAGAUGCUGCUGCUCCCUCCUGCAUUAUUGAUGAUGAGAAGGAGUGCAGUACUGAAAAAAAGGAGACAAAUACCUCAUCAGAUGAUGACCAACAAACUCAUUCAAUGCCUAAUCACAGUGAGGAGUUAGAAGGGGAAGACAGGGAGACUACACAGGAUUUAAAAGCAUUGUCUUGUGCAGAAUUUUCUCCAGAACCAGAAGCAAUAAAGCCCAGUGUUUCAGAAAUUAGUACUAGAAUAGCUGAAGCAAUUGAAGGUUCUCCGAGCAAAGUUGACGAGCUUGUGGAAGAAACAGUAGCUGUCACUGCUGCUUCUUUAGCAAUGCAAACUACUUUGGGAGGAGAAACUCCUGUAAGUCCAGAACGACUAGAAAAGUCAACAGCAGAAGUGGAAGAUGAAGAUGACUUUGUUGAUUUGAAAGAGGAAAGUAGUAUGCCUUUACCUUCAGAAGAGUUUUCAGAAACAAACAAGGAACACAACUCUAAUGAAGGUGAAGCGACAAAGCAGGAAAAAGCAAUAGAGAAGCAACCUGAAUCUGUGCUCUUAAAGUCCAAAGAUACUAAAGAUGUGGAUGGGGAAAAACAAGAACUGACUUCUUUACCAGAGACAGUGAGUUCUGCAAUUCAAGAAGUAGCAACUCAACCAGAUUCAGAAGGGAAAAAGAAGCUGAAGGAAGAAAAGAUUCUUUUUAGUGAAACUAAAACAUCUGAAGAAAAUGCAAAUGCACAUUUGUCAGAGCCUGCUGGAGCCUCUGACAAAAGAAUUGCCAAGCUUGAUGUUUCUAGUGUUGCAUCAGAUACAGAAAAACUGGAACUGAAAGCUAACGCAUGUCUAGAAGCACCUCUGCCCCCCAGAUCCAUACCCGAGAGAUACCUGCUAACGGAUGCUCUUCAUUCUGCACCAUUCUUCCUUAAAGGAGGAAAACCACUGUCUACAGCAACAUAUCCUCCCCCUGUGCCCUCAAGGCAGCAAGAUUCUUCAGGACAAGAGCUAGCUGCUACAUCAGAUGGGCAGAGGAGAGACUCUAGGUCAACUGUGUUCCGUAUUCCUGAGUUUAAGUGGUCACUGAUGCACCAGCGCUUGCUCACAGACUUACUCUUUUCCAUAGAAACAGAUAUACAGAUGUGGAGAAGCCAUUCUACAAAAACUGUGAUGGACUUUGUGAAUAGCAGCGACAAUGUCGUAUUUGUACACAACACAAUUCACCUCAUCUCUCAAGUGAUGGACAACAUGAUCAUGGCUUGUGGUGGUAUAUUGCCAUUGCUUUCUGCUGCCACAUCUGCUACUCAUGAAUUGGAGAAUAUUGAGCCAACUCAAGGACUUUCAGUAGAAGCAUCUUUAACAUUUCUCCAGAGAUUAAUCAGCCUUGUGGAUGUGCUAAUUUUUGCAAGCUCUCUUGGUUUCACUGAAAUUGAGUCUGAGAAAAAUAUGUCAUCUGGAGGAAUUCUGCGACAAUGUCUUCGUCUGGUAUGUGCGGUAGCAGUAAGAAAUUGCUUGGAGUGUCAGCAGCAUGUGCAGAUGAAGCCUAUUGGAGACAUCAUGAAGAACCAAAAAACAGUGCAGGGCUUCCCAGGAACAGGAAAGUCUUCAGCAAAGAGUCCAGUGGACAUUGUGACUGGUGGCAUUUCUCCAAUACGAGACCAUGACAGACUUCUGCAGGAUAUGGAUAUUAAUCGACUUCGAGCAGUAGUGUUCAGAGAUAUAGAGGAUAGUAAACAGGCUCAGUUUUUGGCUUUGGCUGUUGUAUAUUUUAUUUCUGUGCUCAUGGUUUCGAAAUACAGAGAUAUACUAGAACCUCAGAAUGAAAGACGACCACCAAACCAUAGCCAGUCAUUCAAGGAAUCAGAGAAUGAAAAUAAUGAAGCUCCUGCUACAGAUGUGGAAAACCCAUAUGCUGCUCUCGGUGCUUCAGCCUCCACUGAAGAUGCAGGAAGUACAGCAUCUGUACAGAGAAGGGAUUCUGGUCUUGGGGAGGAACCGUCUUCGGGGCAAACAAACAGUUCUGGUAGUGUUGCUGAAGCAGGACGUCUGAAUGUCAGUGCAGGUCCAGAUGCAAUCAGUGAAGUACUAUCCACGCUCUCAUUAGAAGUAAAUAAGUCUCAGGAGAGCAGAAGUGAGACAGGAACUGAGGAUUCUAAGCCUGCACCUUCUGUGCCAGCUGCAAAAAAUGUCAAUGUAAAGGACAUCCUGAGAAGUUUGGUAAGCACACCAGCUGAUGGGACUGCAGUGGAUGCUGCUCUUCUGCCACCAACCUUCCUUGGAGUUCUUGGCGAUGGAGCUGCUGAGCAGCCUGUACAGUUCCAUUCCUUUGACAGGUAA